AUGCCAAACUUCCUGAGCACGUCGCUAUACGGCGGCGCUGUGGUUUGCGAUCUCCCCGAGAAGUUCGCAGAUGUCAGUAAACUGCGACAGGUCCCGGAUAACCAAGAAGUGUGGAUCGAUGAGGAUGGCUUCACCAGCAUAAUUUUCGACAUAACUGAGCGUGUAGGAGAGUCGGGUAGGGGAGAUGAGAUCGACGGCCGUGCUAUUUCGACCCAUCUAGAAGAGCUAGUCGGAUCCGACAUCAAAAGCGUCAAGAUCUGGAACACUGCCGUCACUGAGUUCAGUCGCCUAGAGUCUAAAUACCCGGCCUAUACUCUUAUCGCGACGCAGACACCCAAAUCGAGCCAGUCCAGAGACGGGUCGUCGUCUCCCGAUUUCACGGCGAUAAUUAUGACCCUUCUGCGAGUCGAGAAAUACAAGACAGAUAUCCUAAUCACAAUAAAUGUGCCCCAUAUUAAAGGGGAGUACAACGAAGAAGACGUGGAUCUAGAGCUAGGCAGACAAGGCAAGCUCAUAGGUGACGCCGUCGAAUAUUCCGCACGCAUCUGGAAGUCAUUCAAUAUCAAGGACUGGGGUCUCUUCGUUAUUGAUAAGUAG